CAUUGUUAACGCUCAUUUCGCCUGUUCAGUCCAGCAUUUUGUCUUCCGUGAGCCAAACCCGGGUCACAGGCUCACACACACUGCAUUUAGUCUGGACUACACCCGGGAGAGGGACACACACCGGCAAACUCUGUCGACAUGAGGAGAACUAUUAAUUGGAACCCUGCCCGGAGAGGAGAAUCCUGGUAGGGAUGGUACCGCUGUAAAGUGUUUCAAGAGGUCACAGCCUGUGUGGAAAGUGCCUGGACAACAUGACUGUUUUUAACCAGGAAAAUGUGGAGGAAUUUUAUGAACUUGGAAACGAGCUGGGCAGUGGCCAGUUCGCUGUGGUCAGAAGGUGUCUGCACAGGAGUACGGGCGUGGAAUAUGCCGCCAAAUUCAUCAAGAAACGGCGCAGCAAAUCGAGCCGGCGAGGGGUGACGAGGGAAGACAUUGAGCGUGAGGUGAACAUCCUGAAGGAGAUCCAACACCCAAACAUCAUCACGCUGCACGAAGUUUUUGAAAACAAGGCCGAGGUGAUCCUCAUCCUGGAGCUUGUGGCUGGUGGUGAGCUGUUUGACUUCCUGGCAGAGAAGGAGUCGCUGAGUGAGGAAGAAGCCACUCAGUUCCUCAAGCAGAUCCUGGAUGGAGUUUUCUACCUGCACUCCAAACAAAUCGCACACUUCGACCUCAAGCCGGAGAACAUCAUGCUGCUGAACCGCUCAGUGCCUCACCCACGCAUUAAGAUCAUUGACUUUGGCCUGGCCCACAAGAUCGAUUUUGGCAAUGAUUUUAAGAACAUUUUUGGAACUCCAGAAUUUGUAGCUCCAGAAGUAGUCAACUAUGAACCUUUGGGCUUAGAGGCUGACAUGUGGAGUAUUGGUGUGAUAACCUACAUACUUUUGAGCGGUGCCUCUCCUUUCUUGGGUGACAACAAACAGGAGACGCUGGCCAACGUGUCGGCCGUUGACUACACAUUUGACGAUGAGUUCUUCAGCAACACCAGCGUCCUGGCCAAAGAUUUCAUAGCAAAGCUCCUUGUCAAAGAUCCAAAAAAGAGAAUGACGAUCCAGGAAAGCUUCCAGCAUCCCUGGAUCAAGCCAAAAGAUACUCAACAAGCGUUGAGCAGAAAGGAGUCGGCUGUCAACAUGGAGAAGUUCAAGAAGUUUGCAGCUCGAAGAAAAUGGAAACAAUCCGUCCGGCUCAUCUCCUUAUGCAACCGUCUGUCCCGGUCCUUCUUGUCCAGAAGCAACAUAAGUGUGGCACGAAGUGAUGACACACUGGAUGAGGAAGACUCCUUUGUGAUGAAAGCCAUCAUCCACGCCAUUAAUGAUGACAAUGUGCCUGGUCUGCAGCAUCUGCUCAGCUCUUUGAACAGUUAUGACGUCAACCAGCCCAACAAGCAUGGGACUCCACCGCUCCUGAUUGCAGCUGGCGGUGGAAACAUUCAGAUCAUUGAGGUUUUGAUGAGGAAAGGUGCAGAGAUCCAGGCUCAUGACAAGAGCGGAGCCAAUGCUAUCUACUACGCAGCGAGACACGGCCAUGUCGAGACCCUGAAAUUCCUUCAUGAAAAGAAAUGUCCACUGGAUGUUCAAGAUAAGUCUGGAGAGACGGCUCUUCAUGUGGCAGCUCGCUAUGGCAAUGUGGAUGUGGUGAACUACCUGUGCAGCAUCAGAGCCAACCCAGACCUGGCAGACAGGGAGCAGGAGACCCCGCUGCACUGUGCUGCCUGGCAUGGAUACUCCGCAGUAGCCCGGGCGCUCUGCCAGGCUGGCUGCCAUGUGGAUGUGAAGAACCGCGAGGGCGAGAGUCCGCUGCUGACGGCGUCUGCUCGAGGUUUUGUGGACAUCGUGGAGUGUCUGGUGGCGCACGGUGCAGAUCUGGAAGCGACUGACAAGGACGGCCACACUGCCCUCCACCUGGCCGUUCGAAGGUGUCAGGUUGAAGUGGUCCGUUGCCUUCUCAGACACCAUUGCCACUUGGACCAGCAGGAUCGCCAUGGCAACACGCCACUGCACAUCGCCUGUAAGGAUGGAAACCUGCCCAUUGUCAUGGCAGUCUGUAACGCCAAGGCCAGCCUUGACCUCGCCAACAAGUAUGGCAGAACUCCCCUCCACCUGGCCGCUAACAACGGGAGUCUUGAGGUGGUUCGGCAUCUCUGCCUGGCCGGCGCCAACAUUGACGCCGUCACAAACGAUGGAAAGACAUCAGAGGAUCUGGCUUCUACUGAUCAUCAUGAACACAUAGUUUCAUUGUUGGGAAGGCUUAAAAAGGACAACCACAAACUGAGCUACAUCCAGCAGCUGCGGCCCACUCAGACUGUUCAGCCGAGGAUCAAGCUCAAGCUGUUUGGACACUCUGGAGCUGGAAAGAGCACACUGCUGGAGUCUCUGAAAUGUGGCAUCCUGCGCAGCUUCUUCAGGAGGCGGAGAACUCGCAUGACCAACACCCGUCACCCCAACUCCCCCGUCAACUCCAAACCUGCAGUAUCAGUGAGCAUUUCCAACCUGUACCCUGGCUGUGAGAAUGUUAGUGUGCGGAGUCGCAGCAUGAUGUUUGAGCCCAGCCUCACCAAAGGCGUCCUCGAAGUCUUCUCCCCCGUCAACAACUCUGUGUCAACAGCUGAUGAGCAGGCCACAAGGGCCAUCGACAUCCAGCACACCAACAUCCACGGUGUGGGGGACUUCAGUGUGUGGGAGUUUUCGGGGAACCCGGUCUAUUAUUGCACCUACGACUACUUUGCAGCCAACGAUGUCACAGCAAUCCACCUGGUCCUGUUCAGCCUGGAGGAGUCCUACGAGACCCAGCUGAGCCACAUCACUUACUGGCUGAACCUUCUGAAAGCUCUCACCCUGCCACAGGACAACAUUGUUUUUGGAGGUCGGAUACAGCAGCCACUUAUGGUUGUCCUGGUCGCGACGCAUGCUGACCUUGCUGAUGUUCCCAGAGCUUUCUCUGGAGACUUCAGCUACGACAAGGAGCGAGCACUUCUUAAGGAAGUCAGGAACAGAUUUGGCAAUGACCUGCAGAUCAGUGACAAAUUGUUUGUAAUGGACGCCGGCGCAUCAAACUCUAAAGACCUAAAGCUGCUGAGGAGUCACUUGCAGGAGCUUCGCACCAACAUCAUCUCAAGUUGUGGUCCCAUGACAUUGUUGUCAGAGCGUUUGCUGACCACAUUGCCGACGUGGAGGAAGAUGAGCGGACCUAACCAGCUGACGUCAUGGCAGCAGUUUGUCAGUGACGUCCAGGAGCAUAUCAACCCUCUGGUCAACCAGGAGCACCUCCGCACACUGGCCCUGCAACUUCACAGCAUGGGAGAGAUCAACAUCAUGCAGAGUGAGACAGUACAGGAUGUUGUUCUUCUGGAGCCUCGCUGGCUGUGCAGCAAUGUUCUUGGCAAGCUACUCUCUGUGGAGAUGCCAAAGGCCAUCCACCACUACAGGGGGCGCUACAGGCUGGAGGAGGUGCAGGCUCUGGCCGCUGAAAGUGACGUGGACGAACUGCUGCAGAUCUUGGACGCCAUGGAUGUCUGUGCCCGUGAUCUCACCAACCCCUCCAUGGUGGACGUUCCCGCCCUCAUCAAGACAAACGGUCUUCAUCAUUCCUGGACUGAAGACGAGGAGGAGGAGUCGCUGAUCUAUGGGGGCGUGCGACUCGUCCCUGCUGAGCACCUUACCCCCUUCCCUUGUGGCCUGUUUCACAAACUGCAAGUGAACCUGUGUCGCUGGAGCCACCAGCAAAAACCAGAGGAGGAGGGUGCGGAGGAUUUUGAUGGAGAUAUCCAUCUUUGGAUGAAUGGGGCCAAGGUGACACAGACAGGCGUGGAGGCCAUUAUUCUGCUGGUCAACCACGGCCAGGGGGUGGAGAUUCAGGUGCGUGGACACGAAUCAGAGCGGGCCAAGUGCUACACCCUGUUGGACACCAUCUGCAGCAUAACAGAGAACCUAUUGGCCUCCACGCUCCCCGGACUGCUCACAGCCAAAUACUACUUAAGUCCUCAGCAGCUGCGGGAACACCACGCCCCCAUCAUGGUCUACCAACCCAAAGAUUUUUUACGGGCUCAAGUCCAGCGUGAAAAUUCUCUCACCAACACCAUGGGUGGUUUCCGGGAGAGCUUCAGCAGCAUUCUGGCUUUCGGCUGUGCUGAAGUUUACCAGCAGGGGAUUCUGGGUACCGACAUCCAUAUAUCAGAUGUUCCUCUUUUGGCGCGCAGGAAGCUCUGCCGCAUGCUGGACCCUCCUGACGCUCUGGGGAAAGACUGGUGCCUGCUGGCCAUGAACCUCGGCCUCACUGAUUUGGUGGCCAAACACAGUAACGGGACUGCAAAUGGCACUCAUGAGCUGGACUUGAAUGCAGAUUCCCAGCAGGCCACGCUGCAGCCCAGCCCAACGGCGGCGCUGCUACAGGAGUGGAGUGGACGGACGGAGAGCACGGUCGGCGUGCUGAUGGCCAAACUGAGGGAGCUCGGCCGUCGGGACGCAGCCGACUUCUUGCUUAAAGCGUCUCCUGUUUUCAGGGUCAACAUGGAGGCAUUAGGAGCGACCAACGUCUACCCUCCCACCUGCAACGGAGGCACAUCGUACAACUCCAUCAGCUCCGUCAUAUCCCGCUGAACUAAACAGGGUUGACUUUCUGACGGUCAGUCUGAUGUGACAUUUCCCAUAUUCAGGACAAGACAAACAGACUCUGUGUGUGUGUGUGUGUGUGUGUGUGUGUGUGUGUGCGCGCGCUUGUGUGCGUGCGCGUGUGUGUGUGUGAGAAUGAUCAAGUGCAAUCGUUACCAGAGAGUCCUGCUGCUCACUGUUUAAUCACUCCAUUACCUUGGCAUAUGAGCCAGAUGUUGUUUGUGCCCUCCACACUUGUAUAGAAGACCUUUCCUUCCACUAUGAAUGUUGUCAAAGAACUGAACGUCCUGAGCUCCAAAGAGGAAUCCUGUGCUUUUACUGUGUUCUUAAUCAUGUUGUGCUGCUUUUAAAAUAUUCCUGUUACUCUUCUAUAUGCCCAUGUCUCACUCCACUCACUGCUAACACUCAGAAACUUAAGAAACGCUCAAUUUCAUCAUAUCCAAAUGAAAGAAUGGAUGUGGGUUAUAAUGGUAACAGGCUCACGUUUGGACCUUCUACAUAUCCGCCCUCCAGCAGAAACCGAGGACUUUGUUGCGUGUAGGAGGCAGUCGUCUGUUCUCGCUCCAUCCGCCACAGUCCUUACUUGUGUUUUACUCAUGUAACAUGAGUGUUUAUUAAAUGACCGGCAUAUGUCAGCGUGUCUCUGUGGCCUUCUACCUCCCUGAAGAGCACAAAUAGUCUUGUUACAAUAGCAGUGGUUCUUUGUAAACACCUGAACAACUGUGCCUUGUUGACACUGAUCGUAAAAAAGAAUUUUAAGUAGAAAUUUUUUUUUUCCAAGUUCUGAAUUUUGACUUACUGACCAAAACCUCAAACAUGCCUGAAAUCAGACGCUUAAAUGUCUGCUGUCUUUUGUUUAAUGUAGUUGGAUUAUUCAGGCGGUAAAACAUUUGAUCUUCUCUUUUUUCAUCAAAGAGAAGAUCAGGAGUCGAUGCUAUGGAAGCUGAAGAGUCAAAGGGAAACGGUGUCAUUUUAAUCAGUAGAUUUUUACAGCUGUCCCUCUUUAAGUAUUAUUGCCUCUUCAAUCCAUCUAACAGACAAUAUUCUUAAUUUAGUGACACUUUGUUUUACAGGUUUGUUUCUAAUCAUUUCUUGAAGGUUUCCUGAAAGGAUCACAUUUUUGGUGCUAACGACCAGAACAUAUAGAUGCAGAGCAGAGUCUAGUUUAGUUAGAUUGGUGACUGUAUUGACCUCAUCUAAACUUAGUGAUAGGAACUUUUUGUUGUGUUGGACGUAACGUGUGUACUCAUCUGAAGUUGUUGUGACUACAGGUAUAGGUUCUACACAUAUUUUACAUUUCAGCAUGUUUAUAUGACGCUGUGGUAAUUGAACGCUGUCCACAUUGUCCCUAUGACUAGCACCAAAUGAUGUUGUUCUUUCACAAUCAUUUUACAGUGAAAUAUCAAGAAGGUAUCAGUAAACUAUAAUACCCGCAAAAUUAAAGUGUUUUCAAAUUGAAUGCAAAGGGAACUGUAGUUGUUUUUACAGAAACAAGCAGAGUUUAUAGGACAGUGUCGUGAGGCAUGGAGCUUUCAAGUGCAUAAAUCUAUUUGCUGUCAGGGUUAACACAUGUUUACUGAGCAUUCAUUUUAAAAAAUCAUGGCGGCAGACGGCGUGAGACUCAGCUCUGCACUCGUGUGCUGCCAAGUUAAUAUUAUAUUAUAAAGAAAUGUUUUUAAAAAAAAGGGUGAAUUUUGUAAUGAGGUUGAUUUUCUACCGAGCUAAAAAGGUAAAUGUAUUAUAUAUCGGGCCAACAGUUGUGACGCUGCACCUUUCUAAUGCUUCCUCUCCAGGUUUUGUACACGCGUGACUAGUGCUUGGGGCAGCAAAUAAUCACAGCAUCAUCACAGAGUGAGUUGUUGCUCAGUGGCUUCGAUGACAUUUUGUCUGAACUCUCUCGCGUGGCUUCGCCUCUUCUUUCACUCCGUCUUCAUAUGACUCGAAGCUGUAACCUGGCUGGCUCAGCUGAAUCAGUGGGGAAAGGAAGGUGUGAGGUUAUAGUGUUGUUUGCUGACAAGGGCCAAAGGCUGCUGAAGACACAAAUGUUUUGGAAAAGCAUUUUCACUUUGUACGCUUGUAUUGUAAAAUGUUUGUAAUCCAAAGUGGACCCAAAAGAAUACUCUUCCCCCCCCCGAGUACGUUUAUGUUGAUGUUGGGAAAAGAGUGUUUCACACAUGAAAAGUUCAACUUUUUUCACAUUUUUCGGGAUAAAAAGAAAAGAAGAAAAGACUAGCUCUGUGCUCUGUGCAGUAUUUCCUGUGUGUCGCCUCCUCCUCCAGUCUCCAGUCUUCAGUGUUACCAUCUGUUUGCAGAGAUAAAAACCAGACUUUUUCAAACGCUGUUCUUCUGCUCUGUCACUGUUUUGUUGCCAACUGACACAGCAAAACUUUUAGCUGUGAUGUAAAUACCCGAGGCCACUUUCCUUGAUAUCACGUUUGUUUUCAGGUCACUUCAAACUUUUCUUUUGCCCUAACAAGUUUAAAACAAGGCAAAAAUGAACAUUUUCCAUACAAUAUGCUAGUACAUAACAACAAUAAUGAACCAACAGCAAAAUGACAAAAAUGAAAUGUCAAACAGUUCUAAUGAAGCUUUUGUUAAAGUUGUAUAAAUGUUGCCAAUGUCGUGUGCCUAAAACACACUUAUAUUCAUUCCUCUGUUGUUGCCUUUGACAGUAUACAAUGCUGAGAUGUGAUGUUUCAGAAAGGGAAGCGAGCAUUAGUUUUCUGUUUCUUUUCUUUCUUUUUUUUAAAUAUUAAAGAUGAGAAUCACAAUAAUAUUAUCAACCUCAUCUCCAGUUGUUCCAUAUGGUUGUGGCUAUGAGUCCAAGCAAGGCGCGUGGAUUCGAGGGUUCUGUCAAACGCGUACAGUACUUCUGUAUUUGUUUCUGUCGUACGAGGAAACGUGACUCCGCAUCAUUUCUGAGUGAACUUUCCCUUCAGUGAAUUUUAUUGCAUUGCACAAGUCUUUUUGUCACUAUUUAUGUUCCAUUCUUUAAGCAUGUCUUAGAAUGCCAUGUUCUUAGUACUUCUGACACUUUAUAGUGUAAUACAUUUUAUAAUAAAUUCUUUACCUCUA